AAAGGAAAGAAAUAUAUUUGGUAAUCGCUUGGGUACUAAAAAAUGCCCCUAUUGCUCCUCCACGUUGACAAAAAAAUGUAAAAAGUUACUUCGAUGAAAGGUCGGUGAAAAAACUAUGAUUACUUCCUAACAUGGCAGCUGAACACAUCGGAGAACAUUAGAAACAGAAUUUGUUUUACCGCAUGAAAUAGAAUUAUCAUGUACAAAAGUUGAAGACAGUCUUUCUUAAACCACUAUUUUCCCCUCAAUUUUGCUGUGGUCUGUUAGCCAGGAGUAGGUUGAUAUCAUAAGCAGUUCUAAAUUCUUUUUCAGUUAAAAAAGUCUCCGUUCUCAAACUUUAACUUAAGUCAAUUUUAAAUGAUUGCAAAUAAAAUAUUGAAUUGAACGAAGGUUUUUUCCUUCUCAUGAAACGUAUUUUCCUAUAACUGCGAUGACCUCUCAAGUCUUUGAGGUGGCUUACUACAGUCUUGAUGGAGUUUAAGGGCACAACUUUUAACUAUUUUAAAACAUGUUCCAAGUUGUUUUUCUUUUCUCUUUUUACUGUUUGCUUAAGUUAUUUACCGUUAUAUGUGACAUUUGAACAAUUUAAACCUAAAUAAAAAGGCCACAAUGAACGACCGAGUACCUAAGGAGAGACUGGGCACUAGUAGGUUUAAUAACGUUUUUCUCAAAAUCUACUUGUUUGACGCCACCUCAAAAUUUCAGGAAUUAGAGAUUCGUUGUAAUUAAACAUUGAUGAGAAGUAUAAUAAAAAUCUGUGAGACAGAUUUUUCGCAAACUAAGAAAAUGUGAUCUUUUGCCUGUUUCUAAAAUGUCUCACAGAUUUUUUUUUAACAUUUUGCCUUUUAAUGCGACUCACCUCUACAAAUCAACUGUGAAAAUUUCAUUAUAGGUCAUAUGAUAGGUUCUCGAGUAAUCUUGGAUAAAAGACUGGUUUUACGAUCUUGUAUGAAAAUUCUGCCGCGUAUGCCUUUUAUUUAAGCGUGCGCUCAUGUGACGCCACGUAUCGCGCGCGAAAAAGCAAGGUGAAUUAGAACUCUUUUACCGGUAUUUAUCUUUCUUUUUUGCCGUGGUUUAUCGGUCCUGGGCUUAAACACGUGUAUGAAAGCAGUUUGAAGUUAUCGCUAUGAAUACCAAAGUGGUUUAACGCGUUUCAAAUGCUAAAUUUGUUUUCGUUUCUUCUUAGGGUUACUUGCGUCAUUUCUGCACGCGCGAGUAAUACUGAACUCUGCCAUGCAAUUGUGACGCGCGUUACUGAGUCUCGGAUAAACUGUAGUAAGCCACCUUAACUGUCCCUUUUGUAAUGAGCUUUUGCUAUUGUUUUGUGGUGAUUACCUUCAAGUCAACUUUUGAACAAGCUGAUUUCUUGUCAUUUCCUGUCGUUUUCAUAUAUCGCUAUAGUGUUAUAGGCUCAAGACCAUGCAGCUGUGGUUUUCACAUCAUGUCAAGAGAAACAAAUGAGUACUUAAAUUUCUUUUGUGCAAGUGCCUUCUUUUUUUUUUUUUUCAUUAAAGAAGCGUCAAUCACCGAACCAAUACAAUUGUUUUUAAGAGAGCCUCGUCAAAACUAUUCAGUUACUUUUCGCUCAGCAUAGGAAAGGCUCAAACAACUCGCGAGGUCCUCACAAUGUCGACUUCUGAUUCAGAAUUGGAGAACAGCGAUUUCUUCCUUUUGUCCCACGCCAUUCUGGCUAUCUUGGUGUCCACACCGGCCGUCGUUACAAACGUCCUUUUACUGGUCACUGUCUUUCGAGAUCCGAGCCGAAAUCAGCCAUUAUGGGGGUUGCCCGUAACACUCUUGGUUGUAAACCUGGCCAUGUGCGACUUGCUCACAGGCGCUAUUCCUGGAUAUUUCAGUCUUUACUACGAUAUUGCCAUAAUAACAGGUCAACCAAAACAAGAACUGUUUGGCCUACAGACGGUAAUGAUUGUUGCUGCCGUUGUGACAAACAUCGUGUCAUCUUGCACAAUCGCGGCGAUGUCUUUGGACCGUUUGUUUGCAGUGUCUUCUCCGCAUCAGUACACGGCACGUGUGACCAAAGCCAAAGUUAAAGUUUUCAUCGCCGUUGUUUGGACUUAUUCUCUUCUUUUCUCAAGUCUUGGUCGGAUGGGAGUAUCAGUAACUGUGGUUGUUAUUCUGUAUUGCCAUAUUCACGUGUCGGUUCCCCUUGUCAUUCUGCCUGUGGUAUACUGGAAAACAUACCGCGCUCUUCGCUUGCACAACAAUCAAGUACGAAAUUUGGCUGAUGGGAGAGAGCAAAUCGACUUGGUUCACAGGAGAAGAGAACGCAAAAUGGUGUCCGCUUUUCUUUUGGUUCUUAUCUCGUUUUACCUAACUUUUGUGCCUCAGUACAUUGCACAAAACAUUUAUCUUCUGUCUCCGUCUUUGGCAGAGACACCCAGGUUCAGGUUUUUUCUUUAUGCAUCUAACAAAUUCGUCUUUUUGAAUUAUAUCGACGAAUGUCUGCUAAACACUGCGUGUUGUAACCAAGACUGUGCCAACACAGAAGGAGGUUACAACUGCACUUGUUACCAGGGAUACGCGGCCAUUAGUAACUGCACCUGUUUAGAUAUAAACGAGUGCCAGACAAAUAACGGAGGAUGUGAACAGGUCUGCACAAACAACCCUGGAAGUUAUGCAUGCUCCUGCAACUCGGGCUUUGUGAUGGACAGUAGUGAUUCCACGCGUUGUGUGGACAUAAACGAGUGUCUUACGUUCCUAACUCUCCUCUGGGAGAAUAGAGCCGUCAGGAGAAAUAAUAUCACCGGGCGCAUGCAGUGCACAUGCAGCUACCAGUUUCCGCCUUAG